UCGGAAGAGUUCGCUUCUCUUAUCGGUACACUUCCAAUUGUUUCAACUAAUGCUAUUGUUGCUAGUCAAUUAUUCCUAGUAAUGCAUCGGUUCACUGCUAUCUUUUUCCCGAUGUUCUACCAAACUUCGCUGUGUCAGUUUUCAGCGACUGCGAUACAGCUGUUCUUAUCAUGGUCUUGGGGCAUCGUUGGAUUAGCCUUUUGGAUAAUUGCUCCGAUGUGCAACGGAUGCGUCUUCGCAUUCGAUGCUGAAAUCGCUUCUUAUGGCGAUGACUGUCCCCCCGAAUUUGCUUUAUAUUCAAUCUCAGUACCUAUAUAUUUUUGCUCAGUAUCCGUUUUUGUUGUUAACAUCCUUAUCUUAUGGAAGCUGCGAUCACUGAAUGCAAGUUGUCAUUUGUCUAAAGAAACUGAUGGAAUCAUCCAAGACUCCACUUUUCUCCUUGAGACGCUUGUAUUCACUUUCGCUCCUGUCAUGGUUGAAAGUACAAUGGGAAUAUUUAUUUGUUACUCUUUGAUAUGGGAACUUGCACACGCCGUUGACGGGAUUAUUAUAUUGUUGUACAAUGUCAAGCUUCCGCGCUUCGAAAUCACUUGCUAUAGCGCUCCUACAACAUCUAUCACAAAUACGAACGUUGCUAUAUUUUAG